AUUUUUAUAAUUUUGCUUUCUUAAAAGAGCUAUAAAGAAAACAUUACUGGGAUAUUUACUGACUGUGCUCCGUUCGGAACGUCAUUGUUUAAUUUAAUCUUUUCGUCGCGGAGUAGCACUUUGGAUGCGUGUCACGUGACAUCCCUGACGUUUCCCGCGUCACGUGAUGGAGCAGCGAGAGCAAUAAAAUUUUGAAAAAUUUACUUAUUAAAAAUUGUAUAAAUGUAGCGAAGUUAAAAUAAUUGUAGAAGAUUUAAUUUUCGUUUGAAAUUAUUUUCAUUGAUAUAAUAUAAUUAAAUAUUGACGAUGAGAAUUGCGUAUUUGUGCAUCGACAUCGUUAGUUUCGGUUUUGUUUUGUGGCGUAAUUGUGUGUAACGUGUGCUAGUAUUAUUUUGAAUUACAACUCUGAAAUUAAGAAAAUGCUUUUGAUACUACCGAAGUAUUUUUUUUUAAAUACUUAUUGUGAUUUAUGAUUUGGAUCGAAAGAUAUCGAUAGCCAGCAAGAAGAGUUUAAAUUAGCGUUAUCGGAUGAUUAUUUUUAUCAGAUUGUAAGCCAUCUUUAAAGAUAAUUUAUUACAUUGACUUUUAAAAUUAAAUAAGAAUAAUGAGUGAGAAAAACAAGAAGAAAUUCAUUCAAAGACCGAUGGGAUAUAAAGAAUUGGAAAGUCUGAUUCAAAAAGAUUCGCAUGAAAUUCUUUUAACACUUCAGUCAAAGAAAAGUUUUCUGGAGCUUUUAUCACAACCUUUCCUUAAUAAAGAUAGAGUAGCAUUGAUUUUAACAGCUGUGGGUAAGGCGUGCAAAUCUAACGAAAGAGAGAUUUUGAGUUUAUUUUUAAAAUCUAUUGAAUCUACAAAUAAUUUUAAAUUUAUUCAUUUACAAAAGUUUCUUUGUAAUUUACAAAAUAAUAAGUGCGAGGAUUUUCAUAUUAAUUCAUUAAACUAUUUAAUAAUCUUUCUCUCGGAACUCCAAAGAGUAAUUCCUGCGUCGGAUACGUUAUCUAUCAUCUUGCCGUUACUAAAAACUACGGUCGAGAAGGUUGCCAAACGUGGCGAAACUAUUUCAUCUAAUUUAGAAGAAAAAAUUAAGGAAUUGGAACAAGCAAAUGACAGCUUUUGCGAAUUACACAUGAAUCAAAAAAAAGAAAACUGUAAAUUAAAACAUAAUGAAGUAGUGGAUCCGCCAAAUGAUUUCAGGGAGAUUCCUAUACUCCCUGUUAGCAGAGAAAGCUUAAUGGAAGAUCCACCAUUCAUUAGACCAAUCAUUCAGGAAGGUAGUUAUUCCAGUGUUGACCAUUAUUUGGAUAUUCAAUUUAGACUGUUACGCGAAGAUACUCUUAGACCAUUAAGAAGUGGAAUUGGUGAGUAUCUGAUACAUGUCGGAAAAUCGGAUAAAAGUAAUCUUCAUAAAAACUUGAAAGUAUAUACCAAUGUUUCAAUUAAAAGAUCGGUUAUGACUGCAUCUGGAUUAAAUUAUAUAAUUUCAUUCGAUGUUAAAAAGUUUAAAUCUAUAAAUUGGAAUAAUAGCAAAAGACUUUUAUUUGGAUCAUUAUUGUGUUUAUCACAUGAUAACUUUCAAUCUAUGAUUUUUGCUACUGUAUCUAAUAGAAAUGCAGAAAAUCUAGCAAAGGGACAACUAGAAAUUCAUUUUGAAAAUUCUAACAAGAUAUUUGAUUUCGAACCAUUCACAGUUUUUAUCAUGGUUGAAUCGGAUGCAUAUUUUGAGGCUUAUUAUCACGUAAUGUUAGCUCUUCAAAAAAUGACAGAAGAUACACUUCCUUUCAAACAGUACAUAGUAAAUUGUGAAAAAGAAGUAAAAGCGCCCAAAUAUUUAAAGAAAAACGACUGUUAUAAUUUUCAGUCUUUGAUGACGUCAUCCGAUUCUGCUAAUUUUGAAUACGCUGCAAGUAUAAAGAUGCUAGAUACCGCAACCUGGCCGUCGAAGGAUGAUAUGGGUUUAGACGAUUCUCAGAUAAAAUCUUUAAAAAUGGCAAUGACUAAAGAAAUAGCCAUCAUACAAGGACCACCCGGUACAGGGAAAACAUUUAUUGGAUUAAAGAUCGUCCAGUUGCUUUUAAAUAAUUGUAGUGUUUGGAAUUCGUCGGAAGAAUUAUCGCCUAUACUUAUUGUUUGUUAUACAAAUCACGCAUUAGAUCAGUUUUUAGAAGGCAUUUUAUCUUUCACAAAUAGUAUAGUACGUGUGGGAGGACGGUCAUCUAAUCCGUCUAUGAAUGCCUAUCAAUUGGCGUUUUUACGACAGCAAGAUCAAACGAAAUCCAGCAUUCCGCAUUAUUUAUCAAAAGGAUAUCUUGAAACAAAGUUAGGAUUAAAAGCUAUUCAGAGAGAAAUAAUAAAUCUUGAAAAGAAAAUAGAAAAUGCAGGGAGCUGUAUACUAUCACUAAAUGAAUUGAGUCAAUUUAUGAGUAAAGAGCAUUUUUUAAAGACUUGUGAAAAUAUGUCCCAAUAUUUUGAUGGCAGUACAAUAAUAUCAGAGUGGUUACGACUCAAUGAUAUUACCGACGAUGUAGAAAAAGAAUAUGAUCAAAAAGAAUUAUCUGACGUAAAUUCAUCGGCAGAUAUGGAAGAUUUUGAUGAAGAAGAAAUCGGUGAUAUUGAUUAUAUCACAAAUGAGAGAGUGAUUGAUGAUUUUGAAGUUGAUGCUGAAACUGCAGGAACAUCAAAGGAUAGUUCUAAAAACUUACAGUCAGAACUAAAAAACGAAACUAAUUGGUUAGUGAAACGAAAUACUGAUAAUCAACAUAAAAAAAUUAUGAAAAAAUUACAAGAAACAAAUAUUAUGACAGAAAGACAAGAAAAUGAGUGCGAAAAUAUCUGGAAUUUAAAUAUUGCAGACCGUUGGCGAAUGUAUCGAUUAUGGGUGGCACGUUACAUCGAUCAUUAUGUAGAACAAAUUAAAAGCUGUCAGGAGAAGUAUAAAGAGAAUAUGGAAGUAUUUUCCAAUCUUAAAGUAUUACAGGAUGUAGAAUUAAUGAAACAUGCUAAAAUUGUUGGUAUGACUACAACUGGAGCUUCAAAAUAUCGCAGUAUUGUUCAGAAAUUGAAACCAAAAAUAGUUAUAGUAGAAGAAGCAGCCGAAGUUUUGGAAGCUCACAUUGUGACAUCGUUAACUCCGGAUACACAACAUUUAAUUCUUAUAGGUGAUCAUCAGCAAUUGAAACCUUCUCCAACUGUUUAUGAAUUGGCAAAAAAGUAUCAUUUAGACUUGUCGUUUUUUGAAAGAAUGAUAAAUAACGGAAUGCAGUAUGAAAAAUUAAUGAUUCAACAUAGAAUGAGACCGUGUAUUUCGACGUUACUUGUUCCAUAUUUUUACAAGCAUCUGACAGAUCACGUGUCAGUAAAAAAAUAUGAAAAUAUAAAAGGAAUGGAUAAAAAUAUGUUUUUUGUUUGUCAUAAUUAUCACGAAAGUGUUAAUGACGAUUCAAAGAGUAGAAGCAAUUAUCAUGAAGCAAAAUUUAUUGAUGGUUUGUGCAAAUAUUUGAUUCUUCAAGGUUACAAACCGUCACAAAUUACAAUUUUAACAAUGUAUACGGGACAAAUGCAUUUGUUAAAAACAAGACGAAGUCAUGCUUGUAAAGAUGUUCGUAUAACUGUGGUAGAUAACUAUCAAGGAGAAGAAAAUGAUAUUAUUUUGAUUUCAUUUGUAAGGAGUAAUAUGGAACAAAAUAUUGGGUUUCUUAAAGUAAAUAAUCGUGUAUGUGUGGCACUGUCAAGAGCUAAAAAAGGAUUAUAUUGCAUCGGAAAUUUUGAAUUCUUUGCCGAAAAUAGUGAAUUGUGGAAAAAUAUAAUUGAAGAUUUAAAAGAAAGCCAUCACAUUGAAUUCUCGUUAAAACUGAAAUGUCAGAAUCAUCCGUCGAAUAUAACUGAUGUGAAUUCGGCUUCUGAUUUUGUUCAUAAAGCACCAGAAGGCGGUUGUCAUCAACUAUGCAAUUUCCGUUUAGAUUGUGGGCAUUCCUGCACGAUUUUCUGUCAUCCUUAUGAUCAGGAGCAUAAGGAUUUUAAAUGUAAAAAAUUAUGCCAAAGAAAAAUAUGCAAAUAUAAUCAUCGUUGUAAGAAGAAAUGCUUUGAAACUUGUGGACCUUGUUUAGAAUUGGUUCCAAAAAGACUUCCAAGUUGUAAUCAUAUAAUGGAAAUUUAUUGUCAUCAAGAACCAGAAGAUGCCAUUUGCAAUUUUAUUCUUUCUAAAAAAUUACAAUGUGGUCAUGUUUGUAAAGUUAAAUGUGGUUCGCCAUUACCCGUAUGUCAAAAAUUAUUAGAUCGUCGAGCUUUAUGUGGUCAUAAUGUGAAAGUAGAAUGCAAGGAUUCAAUGAACGAAUGGAAAAAAUUGAAACUGUGCCAAGAAGUCUGUAAUACAGAAUUAGAAUGUGGACAUAUCUGUAGAGGAAAAUGUAACGAAUGUCAGCAAGGUCGUUUACAUGUCAUAUGUGUGGAAAAAUGCAAAAGAAUUCUUGUUUGUGGACACGAAUGCCAAUUUCCCUGUGCAGAAAAUUGCCCUCCAUGCACGAUGAAAUGUGAAAAUAGCUGUAAACAUAGUAAAUGUCCUAAAAUAUGUGGUCAGCAGUGUAAAACCUGCAAAGAGGAAUGCAGUUGGAAAUGUGAACACUACAGAUGCAAACAGCUCUGUGGGGAGUUGUGUGAUCGACCACCGUGUAAUAAAGCAUGUCAUAAAAUUUUGAAAUGUGGUCACGAAUGUAUAGGAUUGUGUGGAGAACCAUGUCCUAAAUUGUGCAGAAUUUGUAAUCAUGAUAAAGUUACUGAGAUAUUUUUUGGAACAGAAGAUGAGGAAGAUGCUAGGUUCAUUCAGUUAGAAGAUUGUGGACACGUAUUUGAAAUUACUGGCUUUACUCAAAUGUUGGAAAUGAGUUCUAAAAUUACCGACGAAAUUCAAAUGAAAUCUUGUCCAUGGUGUAAAAAAGUUAUUCGAAAAAGUCUUAGAUUUGGAAAUCAUAUAAAAGCAUGUCUUAAAGGAAUUGAAUUAGUUAAAGAAAAGAUUAGAGGCAUUGAUAAUGAUAAUGAAAGAAAAAAACAAAGUUUGAUUGAAAAAAUAGACAAAUUUAGAACUGAAGACGAACAUGUUAUUUUUGAUAUGCUAACUAAACUUCACUCUCGAUCAACUGUUAACGUUGAUACCGAAGUAAUUUAUAGAGUUACGUCUAAUAUCAAUAAUAUACUUCUUGAAGAAAAGCAAAUGUAUAGACAUUUGCUAGAUACUUUAGAAAAUUUUUUAAAUUUCUUAAAUGAUAUAUUUGAUUUUUGUAACAAUUUGUUAUCGAUAUAUAAUCGUAUUCAAAACGUUGAGACUCGGCACUCUCUUAUUUGGGAAUUUGUUUUGAAAUGUAUUAUCGUGAUAUUAAAAGUGAUGGAAGAAAACUCGUCGCGUGCUUCUUAUCAUUUACUUUGCGAUAUAAAUAGAGAAAUUAAUCGACUUAAACUUUUUACUAAACUGUUUCAUAUCACGACAAGAUACGCAAAUAAUCCAGAUUUUAUACGUUAUUACCGGAAAGCUGUAGAAAUAUUAACCGUAUUUAAAACAUUUGAUGAUCACGUUUACAAAAAAGCCGACAAGAAACUGAACAAAUUAGUAAAAUGUUGCGACGGUGCCGUUCUUGGAAUAAGCGACGCAGAAAAACGUCAAAUUCUGAAAGCUAUGGAUCUUCGACAGGGACAUUGGUUUCAGUGUCCUAACGGACAUAUUUAUUGCAUUACGGAAUGCGGAGGUGCAAUGGAAGAAGGGAAAUGUAACGAGUGCGGUUUGGCCAUCGGUGGACAUCGGCAUCGUCUCCGUCAAGACAACAGAGUAGCGAGUGCCAUGGACGGAUCAAGACAUGCAGCAUGGUCCGAACAUGCAAAUUUAAAUAAUUUUAUGUUAGAUGAUAUACUAAACUGAAUAAAUAUGUAUCAUUGAAAAUUAAUUUUCCUGAUAAAUCUGUGAUAAAUAUAGCUUUGUAUAUUAACUAAAGGCAGGUUUAAAUUUAAGCGUAGGAGAAAUCUGAAAAAAAAUCUUUCUAUGUU